AAAAUUAAACAUAUAUGAUAGAGAAUACACUAAUUUUUAUCAAAUAUUUAUUAUUCAAAAUCAUUAAUUUUUAUAUAUACUUUAGACAUAUUAGGCAAUUCUGUAAUUUUUAUUUAUGGAAAUAAUGAGAAACAUGAAUAAUGAAUUUAUGGUUAGUUAAAUAAAAAAACUUAUUAUAUGUUUGGAUGGACCAACUUAAUUCUCUAAGGAUUCUAAGACUCAUUAUGGUGAUGAUACAUGGUUAUCUAAAAUGUUGUAAUGCUUCUCUUUUAAUAUAUAGGGGAUUAUAAAUCUAUUUUUAUAAAAAGAAAAGAAUAUCACUAAAUUAUAAUUUAAAAUAAAAGAAAAUAAAAUAUAUAACUGGAUAUAUAUUUUAUAAAGUUAAAAGUUAUCUAAAUAUUAUACAUUGUGAAACAACCAAAAAUAAAUUAAAACAUCUUUUAAAACAGAAAGAGUAUAGCAUUUUUUUAAUUUCAAAAUUUAAUGUAUAUAAACAAUCCUUAAAUGUGCCUUGACGUGUGUGCACAGCACACACAUGUGUUCAUGUAACUUCAAUUCCUUGUGCCAAAAAUGCAACCACCAUCACAGAGGUGGGGUGGGGUGUGUAUCAACCCAAAAUUGUGCUUCGGCUUGGUUCUAUUUAAUGGACAAUAUUCAUAACAUAACAGAAGUUGUAACUAAAACCAUCAUUCUUAAUUUAUUCGAAUUAUAAUUAUAUACUGUAUGUAUAUAUGUAUAUUGUUUGUAGUUGAAAAUAUCUAUAUAUAUACAUAAAGAGUUUCAAUCUGUUGUGCCUUAAAGUGUGUGCUGAUGCAGUGUGCAUAUAAAUUCAGUUCCUUCUACCAGAAAAGUAGCCAUAACAGAGGCGCGCUUGUACAUUAAUCAAGCGCUAGCUUUACUCAAAUAUGGCUUCAAUAAGCUUACUUGAAGCUUCCAUGGCCAUCCUUUGCUUUCUCAUCCUUUUUUACUUGCUCUUCAAGAAACCUCAUGACCGGUUCCCUAGAAACUGGCCGGUUCUUGGGAUGCUUCCUGGUCUGCUCGUAUCGCUCCACCGGCUUUACGACUACAGCGUUGAGAUUCUUGAAAUCUCUGAUUUGACGUUUCUAUUGAAGGGACCACGGUUCUUUGGAAUGGAUAUGUUAGUCACGGUUGAUCCAGCUAACAUUCAUCAUAUAAUGAGCUCAAACUUCUCAAAUUACAUCAAAGGUCCUGAGUUCCACGAUGUUUUUGAUGUGUUUGGAGACGGGAUACUCACGGCGGACUCAGAGCUAUGGAGAAACCUGAGGAGGUCUUAUCAAGCCAUGGUCCAUCAUCAAGGGUUUCAAAAGUUUUCAGUGAGUACUAUGACAAGUAAACUCAAGGACGGUCUUGUUCCUCUUCUUAAUCAUUUUGCUGAGGAAGGAACAACUGUGGACUUGCAAGACUUGUUCGGGAGGUUUACUUUUGAUACAAUCCUAAUCCUUAUAACCGGUUCUGACCCUAAAUCUCUCUCCAUUGAAAUGCAUGAGGAUGAACUAGCCAAGGCUCUCGAGGAUGUUGGAGAAGGAGUUUUUUAUAGGCAUAUUAAACCAAGAUUCAUGUGGAAGCUGCAGAACUGGAUGGGGCUGGGACAAGAGAAGAAGAUGAGUCAAGCUAACGCAACUUUUGACCGUGUGUGCUCCAGAUACAUAUCAGCCAAGAGAGAAGAGAUAAUCAGAUCACAAGGAGUUCUUAAUGGAGAAGGUGAGGAUCUUUUAACUUCCUUCAUGAAGCUAGAUACAGCCAAGUACAAGCUCUUGAAACCGAGUGACGAUAAAUUCCUUAGAGAUACUAUAUUGGCCUUCAUUCUAGCAGGAAGAGAUACAACUGCCUCAGCUCUCUCUUGGUUCUUCUGGCUUCUCUCCGAAAAUCCAAUAGUGGUUGCCAAGAUUCGUCAAGAGAUCAUCGACAAUGAUCUACCCAGAACCGGAAAUGGACAAGAGAAUCUGGACAAGUUGGUGUAUUUACAAGCUGCCUUGUUUGAAGCAAUGAGACUCUAUCCACCAGUUUCCUUUGAGCGCAAGUCUUCUGUCGAAUCAGAUGUACUUCCAAGUGGUCACAAAGUCGAUGCAAACUCUAAGAUUAUUAUAUGUCUCUAUGCAUUAGGGAGGAUGAAAGCAGUUUGGGGAGAAGAUGCCUUGCAAUUCAAGCCAGAGAGAUGGAUUACUGAGAAUGGAGGCCCAAAACAUGAGCCUUCCUCCAAGUUCUUAGCGUUUAACUCUGGUCCAAGAACUUGUCUAGGUAAGCAUUUGGCAAUCACUCAAAUGAAGACAGUGGUCGUGGAGAUAUUACAAAAGUAUGACAUUAAGGUUAUCCAAGGUCAGAAAAUUGAACCAGGUCUUGGCUUUAUAUUGUCAAUGAAGCAUGGACUUAGAGUCACAAUUACUAAGAGAUAUUCAACAUGAAACUGAUGUAUGAAAUAAAUCAUUAUUCGUACACGUAAACGCAGUGUGUGUACUUCAUAACGGGCUCAUAGCUGUUGCCUGCUAUUUAGUUUAAGCCCAAUGGUCUAUUGACAUCUAUUGUAUUUCCAUUUUCAUUGCUUCAUCAUCAAGAAAAUUAUCAUUAAUGAAAGUCAUGUGGAUCCGUGUAUAAA